UAAGCCAGGUCAGACACACGGCGCGUGCGGAGCUCCGGUUUGGGAUGCGCGCGUGAGGGCACGUAACCAUAGGCAGCAGACCCCCGGAGAAGCUGCGCGCGCGGCGGAAGGAGGAGCAGCAGGAGGAGAGGCUCGUCGUCUGGCCGGACCAGGACUCGCGUGGGCCCUCUGUGGAAAAGUUUCGGGGCUGCGGAGACCCUGAUGGGGAGCGGGACGGGACCCCCUUGAGGCGUCAGGUCCUCCCCGUCUGCACCUCCUCUUCCUUCUCCCCCGAUCCGGAUCCGCACAGGCAGCAGCGUAUGGGACAGUAAAGUGAUGAACAGGGACAGAGCGGUACCGGGACCGGAUGGAGUCCAGGCCGUGCCGAACCGGGACAGGGCGCCGUGCGGCGGGGACGGGGGGCAGAGUUUGGGGGUUCCAGAGACCGGAGAGACGCUGGACGGAGCUCCCGCCGAGGACAAGCGGCUCUUCCCGGGCGCUCUGACCGGAGGCAGAGACGCUCAGGCCGCGGAGAACCACUCCGAACCGCCGCCCACCAACCCGGUGCUGGCCGCGCCACCACAGGGCCCCACCGUCCACCGAACCACCUCCUUCUCCGUUUUGGACAUUUUGGACCCAAACAAGUUCACGAGCAGCCGGCGGCACCAGCAGCUCACGAGCCUCCGCGCCGAGCGCGAGCGCGAGCCCGGCGACUAUGAGGCGCGGAACCAGAGAGGAGGUUCGGCGGAGCGGGAGGUCCGGAUGGAGGCCAGCAAAAGCUGCUACGGAGCGGAGGAAUACCAGAGCAAGGAGGGGUUUGUCUACAGAAGCCCGGAGGAGGACGACUUCCACAGAUCCGGGACUCCAGACUCCGAGGCUCCGGACGGGACUUACAGCAGCGAGGAGAGCAGUUCUGCUCUUCCUACCAAUGGAGACAGAGACCUGGGCCAGCACAGCCACUCGGACCCCGGCAGGGACGCCAAGAGCCCCGGCGGAGGCUCGGGGUGUCCGAUGGGCGGCGGCCAGGCCGCGGGAGGACAGGGGGCCAAGCCCAAGAGGAAGCGCUCUGGCUCGGACUCCAAAUCGGGGAAGCCUCGUAGGGCGCGGACUGCCUUCACCUACGAGCAGCUGGUGGCGCUGGAGAACAAGUUCAAGUCCACCCGCUACCUGUCGGUGUGCGAGCGCCUCAACCUGGCCCUCUCCCUCUCGCUGACUGAGACCCAGGUCAAGAUCUGGUUCCAGAACCGCCGGACCAAGUGGAAGAAGCAGAACCCUGGAGCCGACACCUCUGCCCCCACCGGAGCAGGAGGAGCGGGGGGCGCCGGGGGCGCAGGGGGAGGCUCCGGAGGAGGCUUGGGGGGCCUGAGCCCCCUGAGCCCCUCCCCGCCGGUCAGCGGCCACCUGGCCAUGCAUGCGGGCUACGGCGGCCACCACCACCCCCCCGCAGGGAGCCUGGUGCAGCUGCCCUUCCUCACCGCCAGCCACGUCCUGUCUCCGUUUAUGCUGGGGACGCAGAGUUACGCCGCCCCCGCCUUCUACAGCACACACCUGUAGACAAGUGUCCCACCGCAGACUUUUUACUGGGGGGAGGCUUUAAUUUAAAGGGAUUAUUUUGAUAGAAUAUCUACCAGAAACUGUACAUAAAUCUAUGUUGUAACACCUUCUGGAUGCUUUUAAACCAUGUGAUAGACAGCUAGAUGGUUUCUCCCUUCUCCAUGUCUUUUUUUAAAUUUUAUUUAAAGCCUGAACCAUCAUUUAUGCUUUAAGGAAUGGCUUGAUCCUUGUCAGUACUGUGUAUCUCCAGCUGUGAUUGUUUUGACCUUUCCUCGACCUUUGACCUCCAUGGAGCGGGUUGGAUGUGCCGAUUCCUCCACAUGGUAUUGUCCUUUGAUAUUGAUGAUUAAACAAAACAAAAACCAAACAAAACAAAAAAAGAGGAACUCCAUGUGGUUGUGCGAGCUCGUGUCGGGAGGUGGAAGGAUGUCAGGGGUUCAUCCAACCGGAAGGAGGGUGGGGGGUUGCUGGUAGUUCUGGUGUCAUGUGACCGAUGAUGCCAAAAAAAACCAAAAACAAACGUAGAGGAUUCCACUUCAGCUGGGAAAUACAUAUUAAUAAACGUGAACAAUCAUUAAAUCUGCACAUUUAAGCACAUAAAACCACAAAAACUGAACCCUAUAGAAGUAUGUCAAGAAAUAUCUUAUUUUCUGUCUUGAAAGAAAAAUAUCGCAUCAAAAAUGUUUUUCAGUAGCAUAAUAAUUUCACAAAACAUGCAUUAGUGACCAACAUUUUGAUCUUAAAUAAGAAAUCUUGACUAUUUUUCUGACCCGAUUAGCAGAUUUAUUUUAUUUUUUUGCUUUUUUAAGGAAACUCUUUUCAAAUUUGAAGAAUUGUGGACUUAUUUCUACGGUACCUGCUUUUGCAGUGCAGUAUCCAUUCCUACAACAAACCAAAGUUUGACUGAAACAAAUGCCAUAAUCGUGUGAUCUGUCACCUUUUCAUAGAAUAUUCAACAGGAGACUUAAAGUUUAGAGACAGACAUUAAAGAAAAACGAUCAGGUCUGAGAUAAGAACCAGACUCCACAUAUAACGCUUAUAAAAGACCCGAUUCUGAUCAUCUUUUGAUCUAUUUUCAAAGUGUUCACAGUUCUUUUUUUUUAAAUUAUUAUGACGAUGCUGUUUUUUUUUAGCCAAAAUAAAAAUAUCUGUGUUGUUUUCUCCCAUAGUUUCUGCAGAGCGGCAUUAGAACUCAGCCAGACCAGAGCAGAGAUCUUGUGGCCCCACCCAGCGUAUUUUCUACGUCACAAAUAUGAUCUUUUUCAUACAGCGUUUUUUUCAUCUGCUCCUGAUUCACAACAAAUCGAAUCAAUUAAUACUCAAACUUAUUUUAAGCUUAAUUUUCUUUGUAUUCGUUCUCCAUA